AUGUUUUGCAGAAACCUACCGGAUGAUCCCAACACUCAAUGGAGCAUCUCCUUGGUGUCGUCCAUUAUCUCCAAACACAUUGAGAAGAAUUGCAUCAAUCUGGUGCUGACUUUUGAUGGACAAGGAGUAAGCGGCCACGUAAAUCACACCGCCAUCUACAAAGCCGUAAGACAUAUUGCGUGUACAGGACAACUGCCCCUUGACUGCUGCCUGCUGUCGCUGGACACUGUUGGCCUCAUCAGAAAGUACCUCUCUGUUCUGGAGCUGCCAUUGAGCUGGAUGUUGCCCUCAUCCUUUUGCUGUAUGACAGGCUUGGACGGGUUCAGACAAGCCAAAGUAAGACAUCACAUACAUGUUGGUCUUAACACCAUCUAA